AUGAGGAGUUACCGGAAAAAAAAGGAACCGCCGGAGUUCUCCGCCGUCUCCGCCGUUGUUCUGAGGAGUGUCGUUGUUCUUCGCACUACCGCCGCCGGCGGUUCUGAUUCCGUGGAAGACGACAACGUUUUGGUGAUAAGCGGAGAGAGGAACCGAGAGGAAGAGAAGGAAGGAGUCAAGUAUGUGAGGAUGGAGAGGAGGAUGGAGGAACCGAGACGGCGGUGGUGGCGUUUCAUGAGGAAGUUUCCGUUGCCAGAGAAUGCGAAUACGGAUAAGAUAUCGGCCGUUUGUCAGGACGGUGUACUUACGGUGACUGUGGAGAAGCUGCCUCCGCCCGAGCCCAAGAAGCCGAAGACAAUCCAGGUCCAGGUGGCUUGA